AUUAAGUUCGAUCAUUACUCGUUCAUUAAUUAUAUAGUGAUCUCUCUGAGACAACUCAAAAAUCCAUCUCUCCUAAUUUGCACGUCCUUCUCUCCGUAGACUUCGACAUGGAAACAAGUAGAAUUGCAGGAUAUUUCAAGGACAAGAACAUCCUCAUUACGGGCGCUACUGGCUUUCUAGGAACAAUAUUUGUGGAGAAGUUGCUUAGAGUUGAACCAAAUGUUAACAAGCUCUUCCUCCUUGUGAGAGCCACCAAUGUUGCGUCACCUAAGCAGCGCAUUCAAAGCGAGGUGAUAGGGAAGGAAAUAUUUCAGGUUUUGAAAGACAAACAUGGCAAAGGAUUUCAUUCCUUCAUCGAAGAAAAGCUGAUUCCUGUAGCGGGAGAUGUUGUUCAUGAAAACCUUGGGAUAGAGGACUCUGAUAUAAAAGAACACUUAUGGAAGAAAAUCAACAUAAUUGUCAAUGUAGCUGCAACAACCGGCUUUUUUGAAAGAUAUGAUGUGGCUUUGGAUGUGAAUGUCUUGGGAGCCAAACAUGUGUUAGAGUUUGCAAAGAAAUGCGUUAAUCUCAACAUGCUGCUCCAUGUUUCCACUGCUUAUGUGGCUGGCGAGAACGAUGGACUAAUAUUGGAGAAUCAGUUUAGCAUGGGAGAGACACUAAAAGGAAACUCAUACUUAGACAUUGAAGCAGAACUAAAUUUGGUUAAAGAAAGAAAGAGGGAACUAGACUUCGACCAGUCGACCGAUAAUAUAGAGAAGAAGCUAGAAAUUUUGGGUGGCCUAACACCUAUGUGUUUACAAAGGCCAUGGGGGAGAUGUUGCUUGGGCAUUUGAGAGAAGAUCUGCCUCUUGUUAUCAUUCGGCCCUCUAUAAUAACAAGCAUUUACAAAGAGCCCUUGCCUGGGUGGAUGGAAGGAACCAGGACUAUCGACACCUUCAUCAUUGGUUAUGCCAAGGGAAAACUCACGUGCUUCCUAGGAGACCCUAAUUCUACAAUGGAUGUGAUCCCUGGAGACAUGGUGGUGAAUGCGAUGAUUUCAACGAUAGUGGCUCAUUCAAGUCAGCAAGAUGAAUUCAUCUACCAUGUAGGCUCGUCAAUGAGAAAUCCUGCGUCAUACUCUAUUCUGGAGCAAUGCGGGUACGAGUACUUCUUGGAGAAUCCUCGCAUUGGAAAAGAUGGAAAGCCCACGAAAACAAAGAGGCUUCCUAUCUUCAGAACUUUGGGAAGUUUUCAAGGGUAUAUGACCCUAAGAUAUAAGCUACCGUUGGAGGUACUGCACAUGCUGAAUCUAAUAUUUUGUGGAUUGUUCGCGCAACGUUACAAUGAGCUCAGCAGGAUGUACAAGUUCAUUAUGCACCUGGUCGACCUUUAUGCACCUUAUGCCUUCUUCAAGGGAUGCUUUGACGACACUAACUUGGAAAGGUUAAGGGUGCAAAUGAUGAAGGACAAGAUUGAAGCACAAAGAUUUGAUUUUGACCCCAAAUCUAUUGACUGGAAGGAAUAUUUCUACAAUAUCCACAUCCCAGGGGUCUUAAAGUAUCUACAGAAAUGAAGACAUAUACAUGGUUACUCGCUGUUACUGCUCGAUCAGCCUAUAUACAUUUUCUUGUGUUUCCUUUUACAGAGAGAAAAUCUACAUUCAACUUUCAGAACAAUUUCUUAUUGGUUGUUGCACAAAUAAAAAAUUCAUGUCAAGAAAAAUACUUUCCAGAUCUUCCUUGCACGGAACAAAAUGAGGGGAGGAUAUGUAUUUGAUAUAUAAUCAUUUAAAAAUUUCUAGUUCUGUUAUAUAUUUAUGUCAA